GUAAACAAUAACCUGUUGCUUAGUUAUGAUAUCAUCUUUUUUUCAUUGAAAAAUAAUGACAACAAAUAUUUGCCUUCAUUUAUUUAAAUAAAAUCAAUUGACAUUAGAAUAAUGUUGAUGACUGAUACCUUUAGUGCAGCUCAUGAUAAUUUAAUUAAAAAUCAUGGAACACCAGGAUUAUGGUUUGCUCAUACAGCUGAUUAUUGUGAAACACCACCGAAACCACGAGUACGACUUAAUGCUAUUGAAAUAGCUGAUCGUAACAAAAAGCAUCUGACAACAGCGGAAAUCAGUGGAUUUGUGAAUGAUUUUUCAAAUGCUGGAACCAAUUUCUCAACUGAUGAAACUAACAUAAAACAGAAACCGCAAUUACGUUUAAGAACACCAGAAGCAUAUGGUAUCGCACAAAAGUCAAAAUCAGAAAGUGAUAAAUGGUGCGAUUUUGCUGAGAAUUUAAAUUAUCAACCUGUGGUAAGACCACCUAGAAUAGGACCUGGAGAACUUGCUAAAGCUAUUUUGAAGAAUAUGACACAAGAAUCUGAUUGGUUUAAACAUAAACCAUUUAGUCAAUCACAGGGUGAAAUAACUUCUACUAAAAAGAUAUCCAGCUACAGCCGACGUAAUGAAAUGAAUAAUUGGUUUACACAUUCACAAACGAAAGAACCUUCAAAUCACUUUACUUCUAACUAUCCAGUUCAUUCAAGAGUAAGGUAUGAAGGUGUAGAAUAUGCAAUAAGAGAUCGUGGUUUAGACGAUUUGCUUACCAUGAAAAUGUCACCUAACGAACUUUAUAGCUCAGUUCCCUAUGGAUGCCCAACUAAAGAAGCACAAAACAAUGCUCAAUGGUCUAGGACUGGAACUGAAAUGGCAUUAUGUUUAGGCAAAAAUGUAAAACAGACGGAUAUUGACAACCACUUGUCUUUGGUGACUCGACCACAUUCUGCAGCUGUCCGAGGAUAUGAUGCUGAACAGUGGAGACUACUUGGUCGCAAUGGACAUAUAAGUAAUUCGAUGUCUUUAGAAGCUGAAGAAGACCCUUCAAACAUUGUGCAUCAUCGUGUUCGACCAGAUGGUGAAACCAUUUUAGAGAAAUCUGUUUCUGGUUCUCAAGUUAUUGGUUGCCUGAAUAUGUGCAACAAUGAUAAAGAUGACAGUAAUACUGCUUUUUCUGGUUACCGUCUAAGAACUGAAGAAGCUCUUGAAGCUAUGAAAAGAAACCAAGGCAAAAUGUCUGACUACUUGGGCAGUAAUGCAAGUUCAGUGACAAAACAUUAUGGAAGAAAGUUUCAGAUACGUGCUGUAAGAGGAUCAGAAGCACAUGAAGCUGCAUUGAAUAAUAAAGGCUCUGCCAUGAAAGAAUUGAUUACUAAUGAUCGUUUACCUCCCAGUCCAAUUGGAUGUGGAUUUGCUCAUGUUAGUCAAGAAGCCCAGGAAACUGCUAAUCUGAGCCGUACAGGUAUGAUUUCUGGUUUACUCGGUGGUCCUUCAAUGUCAAAUAUUCCACUUGUUGGAGUUGAGGCACCUCCACAAAGACAUGUUCAAUAUGAAGCUAUUGAAUAUGCCAAUCGUGAUCAAGGCCAAGAAAUGAAAAGUAUUUUAACACAGAAUUGGAAAUAAAAUGAAGUAUAUUUAACUCUAAAUGGAGAAAUAGAUGUUGUUUCCAGCUACAUUUAUAAUAAAUGUAUCUAUGACAAAUGGUGAUUCAUCUUUUCUUUGUAAAAUAUAAUUACUCAUGUUUUAGACAGAAAGUUGAGACUGUAAUUUAUGGACGACCUUUGAGUGACG